AUGACAAUGUUACUGACAACUCAAAACCUCUCCACUGGGUGGGAGUUCAAAGCCACCUCACCCAAGCCCGACGAUGAGAACCAGGCUGCAGCAUUCAACUCUUGGUAUCCAGUCAAGUCGCUCCCAACCGAGGUGCACAUCGACCUGCACCAAUCCGGACUCAUCCCAGACCCAUUCAUCGACCUGAACGAGCUCAGUGUGCGCUGGGUUGCGGAUCAGCAAUGGACUUACCGCUGUCAAUUCGCCAGCCCUCCCUUUACGGCAUCGUCAUCCAUCACGGAUUUUGUGUUUCAAGGCCUCGAUACAUUUGCGACUGUCUCUUUCAACGAUGACGUGAUUCUAAAUUCGGACAAUAUGUUCAUCUCCCACCGGGUCAACAUCACGGACAAGCUCAGGUCCGACGGCACUCUCAACGAUCUCAGCAUCUCCUUUGAGUCCGCACGCCUUCGUGGGUUGAAGUUAGUCAAGCAGCACCCAGAGCAUCGGCAUAUUGUGCACCAGACCGAGAUCGGCAGAGGUCCCGUCCGUAAGGUGCAGUACCAGUGGGGAUGGGACUGGGGACCUAUCAUGCUGACAUGCGGACCGUGGAAGCCUGUUCUGCUCGAGACGUAUAGUGUAAGGAUUGAUGAUCUGCGUGUUACCUACUCGCUGGAGGAUGAUUUGAGUGGAGCCAACUUAUCUGUCAAUGUCAAGACUCAGGGAUUACUCCCAGCAGCCAGUAUCUCUUACGAGGUCCUGAUUGACGGGGAAAACGUCGGCAGCUCGACUACCGACCCACGCGGCGAUGGCGAAAUGGAGUUGGUUAUCAAGACGCCCAAGCUGUGGUGGCCACGCGGUUACGGCGAUCAAAAUCUCUACAACCUGGAAGUACGAAUCCUCAACGACGACAAGAGCGUUCUCGACAGUGCCAGCAAGAAGAUUGGCCUUCGCAGCAUUGAGCUCGUCCAAGAAAAGGACGCCAUCGGCCAGUCAUUCUACUUCCGCAUAAACGGCGUCGACAUCUUCUGCGGCGGGGCCUGCUGGAUCCCCUCAGACAGCUUCCUCACGCGCACCACCCCAGCACAGUACAGGGACUGGAUCCUCCGCCACGUCGCAGAAGGUAACCAAGCCAUGAUCCGAGUGUGGGGCGGCGGCAUCUACGAGGCCGACGCGUUCUUUGACGCCUGCGACGAGGCCGGCGUCCUGGCCUGGCAGGACUUUUGCUUCGCCUGUGCAAACUACCCCGCCCACCAGGAGUUUCUGCAAUCCGUCGAGGCCGAGGCGAGACAAAACGUCCGGCGGUUGAGACAUCACCCUUCUCUCGUUAUCUGGGCAGGGAAUAAUGAAGAUUAUCAGAUCGUGGAGCGGUACGGGCUGCAGUACGACUUUGAAGGCGACAAGGACCCGCAGUCCUGGCUGAGGACAAACUUCCCCGCAAGGUACAUCUACGAACAUCUCCUGCCGCUGAUCGUCGAGGAGGAGUACUACACGAAGAAAAACCCGGCCCUGAUCGCAUACCACCCCAGCAGCCCCUGGGGCAACGGCAAAAGCACGACCCUGGUGGUGGACCAGACGGUCGGCGACGUGCACCAGUGGAACGUUUGGCACGGCGCCAUGCGGCCGUACCAGUUCCUCCCGGACAUGGGCGGACGGUUCGUCAGCGAGUUCGGCAUGGAGGCGUAUCCGCACACAUCGACCCUCGAGGACGUACUGACUGACCCCAGGCAGAGGCGGCCCGGCAGCAUGGCCAUGGAUUUCCGCAACAAGGCGGGCGGGCACGCCAGGCGCUUGCUCGCGUACGUCGGGGAGAACUUUGACCUGAACGGGAUGGGCGGGACGCUCGAGGGCUUCACGUACCUGACGCAGGUGAUGCAGGCAGACGCCAUGCGUGCGGCGUAUAAGGGCUGGAGGCGGCAGUGGGGUGGCAGGCGGUGCGGUGGGGUGUUGGUCUGGCAGCUCAACGAUUGCUGGCCGACUGUCAGCUGGGCGGUGGUUGACUAUCACGGUGUCAGGAAGCCGGCCUGGUAUGCCAUCCGGGAUGCGCUGAAGCCUGUCGCGGUCGGGGUGGGGAGGAAAUUCUUUGACUGCACAAACAGGCCGGCUGAUAAGACAUGGCAGAGGGAUACGGGCCAUUUUGAUCCGAGAUUGGCGUGGGGGAGCAGCAAAAGACCAGAGGAUGUGCUCAGUGACUUGUGGAUUGCAAAUGGGACGACAAGGAACGUGUUGGGGAGAUUGACGGUGACCUUUGUGUCCAUCAAAUCGGGCAAGUUAUUGAAGGAGCUGUACGACAAACCUCUCAAUAUUGUGGCCAAAGCAAACAACAUCACAGAGGUGGAAAUUAAGCAGAAUGUGCCAGUGGCAGAGCGAACUGGUGUCUUCAACCCGGCCAACGAGGAUCCCUUUAUCAUUCACGCGAGACUAGAUCUUCUCGGCGAUGACGGCCAGGUACUUGAUUCGGUAGAAGACGUGUCUUGGCCGGACCCGAUCAAGUGGUUGGACUUUGAUGACCGCAAAGUCCAGGUCUCUGCUUCUGUGGAACAAGAGCAGGUGGUCUUGACCAUCAAAGCGGAACGACCAGUCAAGGGCUUCAUAAUCCAGGAGAGACCUGACUUGAGGGUCAGCGAAAAUGGCUUUGAUCUUGUUCCUGGAUAUCCGGCUACAGUGAAAGUGAAAGGUUGCACUGAUGUCGAGGAGUUGAUGUGGAGGUAUCAUGGGCAGGUCAGCCAUGGCGACGACUGGGCGGAUAGGGUCUGA